AUGUUGCUGGAAAUCCGAUCGCGAGGCGAAUGGCGCCAGGCGCUGAAAGAGAGCCAGAUCACGCCCGAUCUCAUCUAUUUCCACUUCUCGAUCCGGCAGGCCAUCGAGGACAAAUUCCCGGAAUCGCCCGUGAAGGUGUUCGCCUACCCGGACCAUGGCCCGAAGAAGUAUUGGUUCAUGUUCAAGGACAAUGUAUUUAUUGACGCUUACUGCAUGCUGGCCCACGUGCCGAACACGCCGUUCAACGCCGGGGAAUUUGCGGAAUGCCUGCUGGAAUUCCGACGUCGCGUAUUCGGACCUGGUGGAUCGCCGGAACGGGCGCAUACGGUGGUUGGGAAGGAGCGGCUGGUGAAAUUGUACACGAUGCUGAUGAAGCAGAGCCCUUCUCGCUGCUCCUCCAGCGACCUGUGCCUGAACCUGUUCUACAUGAACCGCGAGCAGGAACAGCUGACGCUCCGGGAAUCGGUGUCAAUCCCCGAUGGCUACGAGGUCAGCGAGAUUUCACCUUACGAGGAGGCCGAGCUGGUCAACUCGACUUGGCGAUAUGCCAAGGAGGGAGAUUUGGAGCAGACUGUUGCCAAGCUCGCUCGGCUCCCCUCUUCUUGUGUCCGGCACAACGGUGACCCGGUUGCCUUCGAAAUGCUAGACCCGGCCGGAUUUCUGAACCACCAAUUUGUCUUCGAAGAUCAUCGACGGCGAGGUCUAGGCAACGCCGUUGAGUUGUUGCUCACUCAGAAGUGCAUUAGAAAUAAAAUGACCCCGUUCAAGACGGUCUCCAAGAGCAACCGCAUUGUUCUCGACGCGACCGCCAAGAACCGCUUCUGGACGCGGUGGGAGGAAAAUGGUCAGCCGGUGACGGUCAUUUUCCAGACGUGGGCCCCCGAGUCGUCCCCUUCC